CGUCAUCAUCAGUUUUGACGCAAAAGGGGAAGUUGGGAGGAACCUAGAGGAAGAUCUGGUAGUGACCGUCUUGACUUCAGUACAGGAGAUUGGGGUUUUGGGUCAUGGCAGGAAGAGGUGGAGCAACGAGACCUAACGGGCCGAACACCGGCAACAAAAUCUGUCAGUUCAAAUUAGUGCUGCUGGGAGAGUCUGCUGUGGGGAAGUCGAGUCUAGUGCUUCGCUUUGUAAAAGGACAGUUUCAUGAGUUUCAGGAAAGCACAAUAGGAGCCGCCUUCUUGACUCAAACAUUAUGUUUGGAUGACACAACGGUGAAGUUUGAGAUCUGGGAUACAGCUGGCCAGGAGCGCUACCACAGUCUGGCCCCAAUGUAUUACAGAGGAGCACAGGCGGCCAUAGUGGUGUAUGACAUCACAAAUGAAGAAUCAUUUGCACGUGCGAAAAACUGGGUGAAAGAGCUUCAAAGACAAGCCAGUCCAAAUAUUGUAAUAGCUUUGGCUGGGAACAAGGCAGACCUUGCCAACAAGAGAGCGUUGGACUUUCAGGAUGCGCAGUCAUAUGCAGAUGACAACAGUUUGCUCUUUAUGGAAACCUCGGCAAAGACUUCAAUGAACGUCAGUGAGAUUUUUAUGGCGAUCGCAAAGAAGCUCCCAAAGAACGAGCCCCAGCCCGCAGGUGCCAACACAGCCCGCAACAGAGGAGUGGAUCUAACAGAAACAGCACAGCCUGCCAAAGGCUCCUGCUGUAGCACCUAAACCACGCUCCUCACCUCCUAACCAACCGCAUCACAUCUGGACAUGGGGCUCCUCCUUCCAAAACCUCGCUCCUCCUCGGAUUAGCUAAAGACUCUGUAUAGCUGUGUUUCUAAUACUUUCUUUUUUUUAACUUUCAUUUUUAAAGAAGAAUAUGUAAAUCAGCAGUCUACCGGAUGCAUGUAUCACUACAAAAGCUAAAUAUACAUUUUAACUUAAUUCAGCAGGAGAACAAAAACAGAUGAGAGAGUGAGAGAGAGAGAUUGAGUGUGUUUGUAUGCAUUUAAUACCUUAUGAUCAGGCCCCAGGCACAGUCUGCAAUGUUUUUCAGCUAAAAUGAGUAAAAAAAAGUCUUUCAGAUUUCAAAUAAGCUGUUCAUAUUGGCAAUAGUAGCCAACUUGUUUAAUAAACAUUCAUAACUAUGUGGAAAUCUACAUGCAGAUUUUGUCCGGGCCUGUUUACAUAGCAAAAAAGCUUUUCUUACUUAUGUUUUUGUCCUGUUUCUAGUCCAAAAUAUCUAAAAAUUCUUAAAUCAAGAAGCAUUUUCCAGACAAAAAAAAAGUCUUUGUUUUCAGAAAUUGUGUCAAAAUGAAAACAUAGUUCUUUAAAACAUUCAAACACUAUGACUUAUGCCUUAUUCAGUUCGGUUGAAUCGCACUAGAGUUCAUUUUCCCUCUUGGUGCGGUUCGUUUGGGCAGGUGUGAAUGGUGCAAUUGCACUGGAGUGCGCACCAAAAAAAGCAAUACCGAGACCUCCUUGAAGAGGUGGUCUCAGUACGCUUUCAAACAAACCCUGGAGCGGUUCGUUUGUCGUGAGAACAUGAUCCAAACUAAAAUAGACCCAACCGCAAAAAAAUAUACUGCACCUUUUUGGACUAAUCCAGCUGCCGUAGGCCGAUGCGCUGUGCAUUGUGAAUAUGGAGGAAAAUAUUUGUUAACAGCACUUUACCAACAAUUUUAAACAGAGAGAGAGAGAGAAACAUUACCUGAUGGAUCGUUGGUAAUAUUUCCAGAAGAUGACCAUGUCGCAGUUUAGCUAAAUUAAUUCACACCACCUCUUGAAGUGACUUGCGAUGCGCCUUCGCCAUUUGCAAUGCAUUUAAACAUUGUUUUCCGGCUGCAGCCACGCUUCAUUCUCGAAAUGUAAAGUUUGUCUAAAGUGAUGUAUACAAACUGUAUAAUAUACUAUGAGCAGGGAUACAAUCAGCCAGCGCAGUCGUAGCUCCAUAGUAUAUAAAGCGACAUUGUGUGUCUGCAGGUUUAUUUAUUCUGACCAAUCGAAAAUACGUUCAAUAACAUCUGGCCAAUGAGUGAUGUGGAUUUUGUCACAUGACUGCAUUUUGGUUCUUUUCAACUGGUUCGGACCAAAGCAAUCAGUGUGGUGUGAAAAGGACCCAAAACGGCAUAAAAAUGCUACUUGCCCUUGGUCUAGACCAAAUAAGCUGAACUACAGAUGUGAAAGCACCCUUACAAAUUUGGUCCAACAAACAUUCACACAUCAAUUCACACUAAGAGUUCUUUCACACCUAGACUUUUGUUCCGGAACCGGUUUCGUUUGCCCAGUUAGCAUGGUUCGUUUGGCAUAUGUGAAUCCAGCAAUCGCGCUCAGAUCUGCGCCAAAACAAUCGCUUAGAGAUCGCUUGAAUGAGGUGGUCUCGGCUCGAUUGAAACAAACUCUGGAUCGAUUGUAGUGAGAAAGCAAUACGAUCCGAGCCCGGUUAUAUCACAGUGUUUUAUGGGUAUGUAAUAUGCAUACGGAGAAUUAUAAGUAGGGCGGGAGGUCAUUCCAGACAUCCCAAGUCUCCCGGAAGUUUCGGGAGUCUCCUGCAAACGCACAGAGACUCCUAGAUGCCCGCAAACGAGUGAUAAUCUCUAAGAAAUCGCGAGUCUCUCUCUCGGCCCUCAAAUACGUCAGUCACCCUUUUCACGCCUCCCCACCGCAUCCUUCCUCGCUCUUCAGACACAUCGCGCGCACACCCGCAGCCCCCGCCCCAAUGAUGGGUAUGAUUUAGAGCAGUGCUUCUCAGCCACGUUCCUGGAGGACCACCAGCACUGCAUGUUUUGGAUGUCUCCAUUGUCUGUCACACCCAUUACAGGUCUUUCAGUCUCUGCUAAUGAGCUGAUAAUCUGAAUCAGGUGUGUUGGGUUAAGGAGACAUGUUAAAUCUGCAGAGCUGGUGGUCCUCCAGGAAACUGGUUGAGAAACACCGCUUUAGAGAUUGUCAUUUUAAAUUUAAUGUAACCUUUUAUUAGUUUGUUUUAGCUACAAAAAGCUGGCAAAUUCAAUGUUUCAAUUUAAAUGCUGUAAUUUAGAUUAAAAUGUACACACUGUCACCCGAGAGAUAGAGGACAGUGGGAAGACUUUGAUGAGAAAAAUCAAGGCAAAGGCAGAUUCUGGUUGACUAGUGUAAAUGUGAUUGUUCGUGUUUUUAUUACAAAAAGUUAUUAUUAAUUUAGAAAAUUAUAUGGAUUCAAAGUGAUGUUUUCUAUUUAUUUUUUAAAUAUUCUAAAAUAAAUUAGGAAAUUACCCAUGGCCACUUGGUAAAAUAUUUUGGUAUAGUUACCUUUGGCCCACAGUGCUCAAUGAUAUUUGGCCCAUUCAUACAAAAAAGUUUGGGCACCCCUGCACUAAAAGAUACAAUAUACAAACAAUACAUAAAGAAUAGGGCUGCACGACGUUGGAAAUAAUUUACAUUGUAUUUAUAUCGCAGAGAAAAAAAAAAUAUUGCAAUUUCACCAGAUCACCAGAUUUGCAAAGUCAUUACUUUAGACUGAUUGGGAUGAUGUUGUAGUGGAGUGAAAUAUAAAAUAUAUUUUUAUUUAAUAUAAUAAACAAACUACAGUCAUAAAUAGACACAAUUGAGCAAAUUUUAAAGUGAAAUAAGUGAUGCUUUACGGUUUUCUGAGUCUAGCAGUAUUCGGUUAAAGAAAUUAAAUAAUCAAAAUGAAAAAUAACACAGCACAGUCUUUAUCCUACAAGAAAUGCAAUAUACAUAAUCCUCAUUAAACUUCUUUAUGCACAACUAGAAUGCUUUAAACUGAGUACAGUAAACUCAGUAGUCACAUAUGUGAUAAACUGAUGAUAAACUUUUACUCUAUUGUGGUCAACCUCUGCAGUGUCUCCACAAAUCUUGUGUGUUUUGGCCUGUGGUUUUCCUGUCAUCUAUAAUCCCAACUCAACACUGCAUAUCUUGCGAUGUGUCUAUUGUGGACACACAUUCUGAUAUCGAUGCUUAAACUAUAUAUUGUGCAGCCCUAAUACAGAAGUAAAAUAAUAGAUAAAUACAAUAAAUAAAAUACAAAAAGAAAAUAAAUAAUAAUAAAAUUCAAAAAUAUAACACUGACCUUCAGUUUUAAUCUAAAUCAGUCUAAUCCUGUUCAAUUGAAUGGUUUCCUGUAGAAUUUGUGUCUUUAAAAUACUGUAUGGACGGUUUAUAAUUAAAUGGGUCUUCAUUUUAACAAGAAACAAUCUGCCAAUGAAGUAAGGAAAAUAAUCUUGUUAUCGCUAUGAAAUAAAAUUAUUUCUGUCAUGAACACUCUCAGGAUUUAGUAUGGUAAUGAAUAUGUGGCAAUGUUUAUGUAUUUAGUCUUGGUGGUAUAUAUCUGCUAGUACAGAGACCUGCUACUGCCAGUUCAUACACAGACAUGCCGUCUGAGAAUAUAACAUGCUGCUGCUGCAAACAAUACAUAUGUAGCUCUCGUUGCAGAUCUAAACAUAGGUGGAGCUGGGGUGGAGGGGGGUCUCUGAAAACACGCCGCAGCCUGUCAGCGUAAAAUGAUGCUGAGCAUUCAAACUGAUGACGAGCAAGCUCAUUGGCUACUGAGGUGACAGCAACCAAUCUCCUGCGCCAUGUAGUUAAUGAUGCAGGAGCAGAUUAGGUGACCUAUCAGGCUGCGCAUGCAUAGUUUCGUGGCAGAAAUUUCACUUUGCUUACCCAAUUGGCAGAUUAUUUUUAGGUUUAAGAAGAAAAACAAAACUCAAUUUUGACAUUAUUACUAAAAACAAGAUAAUAGUUGUUGCUUGUCUAGAAAAUGCUUCUUGAUUUAUUAUUAAUUUUAAAUAUUUAGACUAGAAACAAGACACACUCGAAGAAAGCAAUUAUUUUGCAGUGUAUGCCUCAGAAUUGAGAGAGAAAGAGUUAAUCUUCUCAAAAAAAAUAAAAAUAAACAGAUCCCCCACAUGCUCCAUCAGCAGCCAGUCUAAUGCUGGUUGUAGUUUGGAUGCAGUAGCUUAUUUUAGUUAAUCAUUCCUCUGUGCGCCUGCCGUUUCCUCGAUACGCCACAAACUGCUGAUUUUCCUGAAGAUAUCAGGAAAUACUCUCAUACACUCUAAAACAGAGGUCUCCUGGAGGGCCGGUGUCCUGCAUAUUUUAGUUCCAACCCCAGAUAACACACCUGAACCAGCUAAUCAAGCUCUUUCUAUGUAUACUAGAAUCUUCCAGGCAGGGGUGUUGGAACUAAACUAUGCAGGACACAGACACUCCAGGACUGAGUUUGGUCACCUCUGCUCUAAAAAGUGAUCAGUUGACUUUACUUUUAAAAAAGGGAGUAAACAUUAUGCCUCUAAAGCGAUUAGUUGACUUUACUUAAAGGGAUAGUUCACCCAAAAAUUUUUAUUGACUCACUAUUUAUUCAUCCUCAAGUGGUUCCAAACAUUUGUGAGUUGCUUUUUGUUUCUGUUGAACACCAAAGAAGAUAUUAUGAAGAAAGCCUGAAAACCUGUAACCAUUGACUUUCUUACUAGAGAAAAUAAUAUGGAAGUCAAUGGUUACAGGUUUUCAGCUUUUUUCAGGAUAUCUUCUUUGGUGUUCAGCAGAACAAACAAAGAUUGAGUAAAUAAAUGACAAUUUUCAUUUUUGGUUAAACUAUUGCUAUAAAAAAAUUAAAUAGCUCACUAUUUAAAAUCCCCCUUAAUGGUUCUAAACAUUUGUGAGUUGCUUUUUGUUUUUGUUUAACACCAGGGAAUAUAUCCAGAAGAAAUCUGAAAACCUGUAACCAUUGACUUUCAUAGUAGACAAAGUACUAUGGAAGUCAAUGGUUACAGGUUUUCAGCUUUCUUCUGGAUAUCUUUUUUUGGUGUUCAGUAAAAGAAACAAACGAAGUUUGAGUAAAUAAUGACAGAAUUUUCAUUCUUUGAUGAACUAUUUCUUUAAAAAAAAAUUAUUGACUCACUAUUUAUUCAUCCUCAAGUGAUUCUAAACAUUUGUGAGUUGCUUUUUGUUUCUGUUGAACACCAAAGAAUAUAUUAGGAAGAAAGCUGAAAACCUGUAACCAGACUUUCUUACUAGAGAAUAUACAAUGCAAGUCAAUGGUUACAGGUUUUCAGCUUUCUUUAGGAUACCUUCUUUGGUGAUAAGCUGAAGAAAGAAACAAAGGUUGUGUAAAUAAUGACAGAAUUUCAUUUUUGGGUGAACUAUCGCUUUAAAAAAAAAAGAGAAAUCCCAUUGCCUUAAAAUAAUUCAGUAAAUGAACUGUGCAUAAGUAUACAAAUUAAGUCAAUGUAACAACUUGAGGUUACAACAGGUUUACUGCACUGUUACUGUUUAAGCGACUAGUUACUUAAAGUGAGUAAACCCGUUGCCUUAAAAGCAAAAGGUGGAUUUUACGUUAAAAAAACCCCCGUAAAAGUCAGUAAACCUAUUCACUUCACUUAUAAUUAUGCACUGUGGCUCAGUGGUUAGCACUGUUGCCUCACAGCAAGAAGGUCGAUGGUUCGAGUCCCGGCUGGGCCAGUUGGCAUUUCUAUAUGAGAGUGUAUAGGUGUUUCCCAGUACUGGGUUGCGGCUGGAAGGGCAUGCGCUGCAUAAAACGUGCCGGAAAAGUUGGCGGUUCAUUCCGCUGUGGCAACGCAACCCCUGAUAAAUAAGAGACUAAGCCGAAGGAAAAUGAAUGAAUUAUGCAGUGUGUUUACUUAAUUAUAAUGCAACAAGUUUACUUUAAGUCAACUAAUCACUUUUUACAGUGAAUUGUUUAUAAGUAAAAUCAACUUGUAGCUUUAAAGGUAACAGGUUUACUCACUUUUUUCUAGAAGUUAUCGCAUUUUUACAGUAUAAAAAAGUCAUCCAGCUUAUUGGUGAGGAUCAUACGAAUGGCUUGAAUGACUUCAAGCAAUGACUUUGGGGAUAAAGAACAAAUUAAGAAAGGCAGUCAGUAAAACAUGUUCACCCUGCUGUAUGAAUUAUUAUAUUAUUGAUUAAUUGGGGCUGUAUUCUCAUCUCUGUAUUAUGUUAUACACUUAACGUCAGGUCCAUAUGGAAUCUGUGCAUCUUACACUCUUCUGAGUUUUGAAGAUUGAAACCUUGGUAGCUGUGCAUAUGAUCAAUUAGCCACAGUAUUUAACAUUAUUUAAGAGGAAACAUAUAUGCAAGGGGAAAUAAAUAUAAGCAUUUAAUUCUUGUACAGGGAUCUGUGCAUUUCAUGUGGCAAAAUCUACUGAAUUCUGAGGAUUUAAACAUUGAAAUGUUUGUUUUUAUUAUUAUUAUUAUGAUUAUCGGUGGCUGUGCACAUGAUAAAACUAGCCUGAAUUAGCGCUGGGCAGAUAAACCAUAUUAUUUCGAACAUUUAUAUCAAAAGCAAUGAGAAGCUCUGGACUUUUUUACUCUGAACUGAUUUAAGAGCCAAUUACAGAGCAGAAAUGUGCGACAAUGGGAAUCUAAAAGUGUGUUGAUAUUAGAGAUGUAGCGAAUUUUCGGCCACCGAGAAUUUAUCGGAAAAUGUUAUGCCAUUUAAUGGACUCUCUAAUUUUUGUGGCUUGUUGGGAUACUCUUUUAAAUCUGGAAGCAUUAACAACUCGAAUCGAAAUAUAUAUUGGUACCAUUCAAUAUGGAAAACAACUCUAGAGAUUGCAUUUCUGCCAUAUCGCCCAGCCCUAGCCUGAAGUAUUUAACAAAUAUGCAAUAAUAAAAUCAAGGCAUUUGAUUGAACUCUGCACAGAUUCGGUGUGGUCCUGGUGAUGAUCAAUUAAAAUCUCUUUAACAACGUGGAUAAUUAACUUCAGCAUCUCGAACACGUCCAGGAAUUUUUCCCUGCUUUUUUUAUUAUUAUUAUUGUAAUCUUACUGGAUGUCAUGAGCAAACUGUGUCACCGUCAGUGAUGCAGUGCAGUUUUGUGUUGUCAAAUGUACUCUGAGGACUAAAGGCAUGUGUUUGCAGGCUGAUUCGUGUCGUCCAACGAGAUUAAAAGACUCUGAGGGCCUUUGCAGACCAAAACAUUUUAAGAUCUUCAUCAUGUUUUGAAGCAUUGUUUAGAUUUUGCCUGCCAUGACAGACGGUAAUUGUUUUGCACACUGUACAGCCUCUCAUAAAUCCUACUAUCAGUUUAAAGCUUCUUUUUAUUCACACACAAAGAAUCAUGUUUAAAUGGUGGUCUUUUUAAAUGUAUGUAGUGUUAUUAACAAAUGAACUUGACAUUUAGUCAGUGGUCUGUCUUGUACCUUCUCUUAAAAUGGUUUUAUUUCUAAAAAUCGGAUGAAUUGCACAGUUUUGAGUUGCAUUUCUUUUUCUGGUUUUAAAAGUGUGGCUGCCUGUUUCAUCAUCAUGGACUAUGGUGGACUGUCUAACACUCCUGAAGUACACAGGUAGCUGCGCCGGCUGACGUUCAAUAAACCAAACAGCGGUGUAAAAUGCAUUAACACUGAGAGACUGAUCGAUUUUUAAAUGUCCAGGUCUUAGUAUAUUUCCAAUAAAGGGGGUGAAUUGUAUUUAA